UCGUUGCUGAGAUUCAUCAGCGCUGAGCUAACAAGAGGUUACUUCCUUGAACACAAUGAAGCAAAAUACACAGAGAGGAGAGAGAGAGUAUACACGUGCAUGCGGAUACCAAAAGAACUGGAAAAGUUGAUGUUUUUUGGAAUCUUUUUGUGCCUGGAUGCUUUUCUGUAUGUGUUCACCCUGCUUCCUUUGAGAGUGUUUCUGGCAAUGUUCCGGUUCAUCACGUUGCCUUGCUAUGGCUUACGCUCUCAUCGGGGCCUAACAGCAAGUGAUAGACGUUUGCUACAACCCGCUCAGGUAUGUGACAUUCUCAAAGGAGUUAUAUUGGUCAUCUGCUACUUCAUGAUGCACUAUGUUGACUACUCUAUGAUGUAUCAUCUGAUAAGGGGACAGUCUGUCAUAAAGCUCUACAUCAUCUAUAAUAUGCUUGAGGUGGCUGAUCGUCUCUUUUCUUCAUUUGGACAAGAUAUUUUGGAUGCUCUUUACUGGACAGCUACAGAACCUAAGGAAAGAAAAAGAGCUCACAUAGGUGUGAUUCCUCACUUCUUCAUGGCAGUGCUGUAUGUCUUCCUGCAUGCUAUUCUUAUAAUGGUUCAAGCAACAACCCUUAACGUGGCCUUCAACUCCCACAAUAAAUCACUGCUUACCAUCAUGAUGUCCAAUAAUUUUGUUGAAAUAAAAGGAAGCGUUUUCAAGAAGUUUGAGAAGAACAAUCUUUUUCAAAUGUCCAAUAGCGAUAUUAAAGAGAGGUUCACCAAUUACGUGCUGCUACUAAUUGUAUGUCUAAGAAAUAUGGAACAGUUCUCAUGGAAUCCAGAUCAUCUUUGGGUGUUAUUCCCGGAUGUUUGCAUGGUGGUUGCUUCAGAAAUUGCGGUGGAUAUUGUGAAACAUGCCUUUAUAACAAAAUUCAAUGACAUCACAGCAGAUGUCUACAGUGAAUAUAGAGCCAGUCUUGCAUUUGACCUUGUUAGCAGUCGACAGAAAAAUGCAUAUACAGAUUAUAGUGAUUCGGUUUCCAGAAGAAUGGGUUUCAUUCCUCUUCCGUUGGCUGUUUUACUCAUCAGAGUUGUAACAAGCUCAAUAAAAGUACAAGGAGUCUUAGCUUAUGUAUGUGUCGUGCUGUUCUACUGCGGGUUAAUAUCUCUGAAAGUCCUUAACAGUAUUGUAUUGCUGGGGAAAUCAUGUCAAUAUGUAAAGGAGGCAAAAAUGGAGGAGAAAUUAUUCAAUCCUGUUGUGACUGCCACCCCAGGGAAGCCAGCUGGCAAACAGCAAAGCAUGUUUAAAUCUACCCAAGGAAUUUCCACAGAUGAAAAUGGAUCUACAUCAGUUACCAAUCAGCCUGUGCAUCAGAAGGAGAACACGCCUUCUUUACUUGUAACGAGCAAUUCUGAUCAAUUUCUGACAACUCCUGAUGGAGAAGAAAAAGAUAUAAGCCAAGACAGUUCAGAAUUAAAACACAGGUCUUCAAAGAAAGACUUGUUGGAGAUAGACAGGUUUACUAUUUGUGGAAACAGAAUUGACUAAGUUUUUUUUUUUUUUUUUUUAAAUCAAUGUGCUAAGGAUACUGAGCUGUUGGGACAGCAGAUGCUACCGGAAUGGACAGUUGCCAAAAAAGGCACAUAAAUAUUUAUUUAAAAACUUAAAUUAUUAAUGGCAAAAAAAAAGAUAUUAAUUUCUUUCUACACGUAACUUGGCUUGGUAUCUGGUCAGGUCAAGUGAGUGAUCUUUAACUUGCCUCUUGGAAAAUGUGGUGGAUCGUGAGUCUCUAGCCUGGUGGCAGAGCUGCAGUAUCACUUUUCUGGAAAAUAGACUGGAAAAAAAGCAUAAUCCUGUUCCGCGUUACAAAACCAUGCUUCCAGAACAUACUCCUCCUCGUGAAGGCUCCUCCGGUGUAAGGAUAUUCCUGGAAAUGUAUGACAACUUGAGCGGAAGCUUGUCUUUCCAGUUACCUUGUUUUAUUAAACAUCCGCAAGCAGAAUUCAAAACUUGUGCUUAUCUCAACAAACGCAUAAAGCAUUGGUACAUACAACAGUAAGUCAAGAUAGUUAUUCUUGUCAACAAAAAUCUUUUCAAAAUGUAUCUCGAAAAUCUUGUAAUCGGAAUAAAAUUUUGCCUUUAAAUGAAAGACUUACUGCAUACUAUUUUAUCUAAAUACUAAACGCCAAGGAAAGAGCACGAUAAUGAAGGUUCUGCUUAACUGGGCAAAUAUGAAGCGUAUGCAUUUUGUGUGUUGUGUGUCCUGCAAGGCAAAUUAUUUAUAAAAUUAUUUUUAAAAGCUGAGGAUAUUUUGUUGCUGUAGGGAAAAAUCAUAAAGAGGCACAUCUAUAUGUUGAGGAAAAGGCAGUGAUAACUGCAGCAAUCAUUGUGUUGGAACUGUAUGUAUGGCAUUAACGCAACAGAAAAGAAUAUUAUGCUGCAUUUUAGGUUUUACUGUGAUAAGAAUGACAUCUGUGUAUUAACAUGCCUAUAAAAGCUCAUUACUGAUGAUCAAAUCAGAAUUAUCCAUUUUAAUUGAUUGGUUUUAGCCAAACUUAAGUAGAAAGACUAGAUCUAUAAAGAGCAUUUAAGCAUUAUAGUGCGUCUUAAUUUCUGGUGUGAGAUGCCGUUGUGGGAGAAUUGAUGAAGGAUGGUUUGGAAUCCUCAGACCAAGAAUGGAAUAAAUUUGAGCUCAAAGCUGAAGACUUAGAUCAGAAGAGACCCUUUAAUGAUAAAUUCUUCAUGUAUUGUUGCUAAAGCACAGCAUGAACUUCAAAUGCCUUUCAGAUAUUUAAGAAAGCACCGGUUCCAAUUUCCAAGGGAAGGUGUCAUAAAAGUACUUCAGUGCUGAACAAAUGAAGGCAAAAUUUGCUCUUUGCUGAUUUCAUGAUUUGUCAGGGUGGGAAAGCCAAAGUUCUUUUGCUGAAAGUUUAAUGUAUACGCUAAUUCCUGGACCUUGCAGGACUACAGUAAUACAGCCAACGGAGACAGUUGGACAGAGCUCUCGUGUCUUUGAGCAGCCUUUGGUGAUGAGGUCACUUUGCCGUGCAGGUUAGUGUGGUCUGCUCUGGUGGGGACUUCUUGCUGCAGUCCUACAGCCUCUCCUCUCCCGUCAGGAGCAGCCGGAGCAACGGCCAAAACCUGUGGUGACUGUUCAGGGAUGAUACUAAAAAGAAGAGGACUUGUGCUGGGGAAAAAAUCUGAAAUUCCUUAAUUUUUGAUGUAUUUUCUACUAAUUGGAGAUGUUCACACAUUGAAAUUCAGAUUAUCUGUCAAUUUGGUGUAUCUUAUUUUUGAAUUAUUUAGCAGUUGCUAAAGAAAGCUUGGAAUUGCUUUCAUUAUUUUUUUUUUUCUGUUGGAUGACAUUCUGUAUCAAUUUUAUAAGUGCAUCUUGUGUGAAACUCAAUAAAAUUCAAUUUUGUAAUAUUUGUUUAAAAAAGGAAAA